UUCUACAUCAUUUGUAUUGCAAAACUGAUACAAGAAGGCAAGAGACAAACAACUAAGCUUUGUUAAGGCAUAGCUCAUCGAGCAUGGACUUUUAUGUGGACUACAGCUGUGAAGGCAACAACGAAACAGGCAGAACCAAGCUUACUGUUUCUGGCUAUGAUACCACAAGCAUCAGAGAUAUUAAAUACGCUAUUCAGGCCGCCAUUCAAGCACCAGUUUGCGAUCAACAACUGUAUUAUCAGGGACAACCGGUAACAGACGAUGACAUGACUCUCGGCAGACUGUAUUUCCGGGAGGGUGACUGUUUUAAAGUGAAGUUUCUUGCUGCAGUAGACAUUGCACGAAUGACUGAGCUAGUGGAUGUGCUGAAAAACUUUGCUCAAGAAAUUGUAGAAAAGCUCAAUAGACAACCUCCAAGUAAGCUCGCGGCAGAAGACAACUCUGAUGGCAUAAGCCCGCGGUUCUACGACGAGCUUGUCCUUGCGAUAGGUGAACUUUGCUACUCCAUGUUCAUACCAUGGAAACAGUUGAGAACUGCUGCUCAAAGACACUUUUUCGUUCAGGAGGGAGGAUUUGAUGCAUUCUUUGAGGUGCUCAAAUUUUCACAGCGACUGAACUUGGUCGAGAAUGACAUCGGCCCUGGAAUGUCAGUAGCAGUCAUAAUGCAGCAACACAUCCUUAAUGGAUUUUGUCUCAAUCUUUUGUGGAACUUUGCUGAGACUAGACAGGAUCAGAAGUUUAUUUUGUCAAGAGGUGUUUUUCCUCAUAUAAUUGAUGCUCUUUUACUUCAGCCAGGCUCAGCUGAGCUUGCUACUCUGGACCAUGAUUCAAGGCUGGCAGCUCAUAGAGUGAUUUGUGUUAAUGAGGCCGCUAUUGGAUGCUGUUCAGGAUUGGUAGAGUAUGAUGCCAACAUCCAGGAGGAAGUAUCAAAAAUCUCACCACUGAUUGACAAGUUACUCUGUAUUACAGACAGAUGCCAAUCAGAGCCUGCAGGAUAUUCACUGUCUGCAAGCCAGGCAGCUUCUAAUGCUCUGUUUCAUUGCACGUAUAAUGUCAAAUCUGCCCAGCCAUUGAUGGGUUGCGGUGCUUUAGGGAAAAUGGUGAAUAUCACACAGAAGCUUCUGAUUGAAGAGAACAGUGAUACCCCAUUAAGGUACUACUGUUGUCUGUUCCUGGCUAGAAUGCGUUCAGCCCCUUUGAUCAAGCUGGACAGAGACACUUGUGCUGCUAUAGAUGAACUAAUUGACUUGUUUCUGGACAGCCAUGUUCCAGAUGAAAUGUCAAAAUGGGAGGAAGAAAUGUCUGCUAUUUGGAUGACGAUCAUUCCUCUGGUUCACCUUGCUUUUGCUGCGGGAAAGGAAUAUUACCUAUGCAGUUACGGCAAUGACCAGGAUGAGGACCAAACCAAGGACCAAAAAUAUGGGAACAAUGUCCAUGGUACUCAUCAAAGUGAAGAAUCUUGUUUUAUGGAAAGUGAGCCGCCAACCAACUCCACACCCGAAGUGUACAAUGCUAGCAUGGCUAAUAUAAAGAAAUCACAAGGUGGCUACCGAUUAUCCAACUCUGGCAGGAGACAAGAAUUUAACCUGUCUGAUGUACAAGUAUCGCCUGAAAGUAUGGAAGGUGCUACUUCAUUAGUGUCUGAGAAUAAAGGUGGUGUGGUUGCAGGACAGGAAAACCAAUUCCUAUGGCCAGGUUCCUCGUCAACACAAAAGCUUGGAGUCUUUUCCCUGGUACAUACACUUUCCAUUAAGGAGAAUCUGCAGAUAGCGUUAUCAGAGAAUCUCCUUCCCUACCUGGUUUGCUUAUCUUGGCAUCUCAACUCUGAUGAGAAGGAAAAAUUAAGCACCAGUCUAGCAAAUUUUCACAGUGUUUCAGUACCUUCUCUGAAAGUUACUGCCAAAUCUGUGCUUGCUACUGUUUAUGGUUUUGACAUGGUUUCAAAUUUAUAAUGACUGUUUUUCAGGUUUUUAUAGUUUUCAUAUGGUUGUCAUCUUUUAGUGUGUACAUUUAUAACAUGGUGUUUACUGCGCCUUUCAAAAACACGUUAAUCGAAUGGCGCGUUUCUUUGGGGUGAUCUGGAUCUUGGAUCAUGGUGCAUCAAAGACACCAAUGAAUCCACUCUGGUCACAGAUUGAUUGGUUCCUUUGAUCCAUCAUGCUCCGAGUGUCACAUUCAGGAUCACUGAUCGUGAUCCAGAUCAUCCCAAAGGAAUGCACCCUAACUGACGGUUCUGGCUCCCCUCUAUAAGCAAAAACUGAGUGGGCAAGCAUGAUAUUCAAGAGCUGAAUAGUGAAUGUGUAAGUCACAAGUGAAGUAGCAUGGGUGUUGAGAGUGAAAGUGAACGAUUUUGGUUAAUGACAAGUCAUUCGGUCAGCAGUUCGACACUUUUUGGUCCUAAUGUAGACUGUUCAAAGCCCUCUACUUUCUCGUAUCUUUAUUCGAUCGUUGGACGCGAGAGAACUGGACUCCAGCGCAAAACAGAAGAGUUGACAGGGUAGGGGGUGGAGAAUGAGAAAAUUUGUUUAGCUCGCUUCACUCACCUCCCCUCCNCACCACCACCCCCACAUGCUUCGCACUCGCUUCGCUCGCUUUUUCUUCUGUGUGCGUUGCAAAAUAGGGAGGCUGUGAAUAGUCAAUCAAGCAAUCAAUCAAUCAAUCAAUCAAUCAACACUUCAUUUAUACAGGUUGCGCCUAAGAGCUGAAAAAGCUCGAUCAAAAUAGUCCUAAUGAAAACAGCCCAUUUUGUUUUCAAGAGUCGAUCAAUUCUACAUGUUUUGUUUACUGAUAGCAAGCAAUAACUGUAACACCAAGACUGAACAUAAUACUGAGACAUGAAGUUACGCUACUCUUGCUCCAUUGUAUCCCAUGUGACGUGAUUUGAUAAUUACCAUGUAACCGUUAAAUAACCAAAUGGAAGUGCACAAUAGCACAAUAACAUUAAAAUAAUAAUAAAUUUAAUAAUUACUGCCAAUUUAUUCAGUAGUAUUAAGAGUUUUGUGUUCAUAAGUUUUUUUAACGAAUAAACAAGCUAAAUGUAA